AUGAUCCAAAACGGAAGAAGGCUCAUUUCAUCCCCACAACACUCUCAGCAACCAAAUGCUCGAAGAGUGGCCUCUCAAUUUCUCUUCUCUUCCUUGUCGUCAUCGGCAACUAGCACGAUGAAGUUGCUGAACACCAAAUCUGGAACGAAUUCAACCACAACGAAACUUUCGUUUCAUACCAAUGCCUUGACUUCAUUGAAUAAGGAUGAAUUGUUGUGUAGAGUCCAUUCCAUGGUGAGAGCCUACAGAAAUUAUGGACAUCUUGAGGCUGAUAUUGAUCCUCUCGGAAUUAAUACUCCAAAAAAAGGAAGUACCAUUGAAUUAAAUCCAGCUGUCUAUCAUCUCAAAGAUGCGGAUCAAGCCAACCUCUCUACAACUCCGGUUGAUAUUGAUGGCAUUGUUCAUAUCGGAAGUGCUCAAUUUCCAAAGAAAACAGCAACCAUUCCAGAAAUUGUGAAUCAUCUCAAAGAAGUCUAUUGUGGAAACAUUGCUGCUCAAUUUUCUCAUUUGGAAACAACCAAGGAACAAUUGUGGUUGGCCAAACAAUUGGAAUCUUUGAAAAGUGAAGCCAUGUCACCUCAGGAACAAAAGAGAGCCAUGACUUUGAUGGUUGAAAGUGAAGCUUUUGAUCAUUUCAUGGCCAGAAAAUUCCCUGGUGUCAAGAGAUAUGGUUUGGAAGGAUGUGAAUCCAUGAUUUAUGCCAUGGAUGUUGUCAUUGAACAAUUAGCUCAUGAUAACAUUUCAGAUAUUGUGUUGGGAAUGCCUCAUAGAGGUCGUUUGAAUUUAUUGACUGGUUUGUUGAAUUUCCCAGCGCGUGCUUUAUUCCACAAGGUGAAAGGAGGUUGCGAAUUCCCUGAAGAAUUGGUUGCUACUGGAGAUGUUCUUUCUCACCUCGGUAUUAGUACUGAACUUGUGUAUGGUGACAAGAAAGUUUCCUUGUCCUUGUUGAACAAUCCAUCUCAUUUGGAAGCCAUUAAUCCUGUUGCUCUUGGUAAGACACGUGCCAAGAUUAGUCAUGGAAAGAAUGCUGCUUGCAUUUUAAUGCACGGAGAUGCUUCAUUUGCUGGACAAGGAAUUGUUGCUGAAACAUUCACCUUGUCUAGAUUGCCCUUGUUUAAGACUGGUGGUACUAUUCACAUUAUUGUGAACAAUCAAAUUGGUUUCACCACUGCUCCACACCUUUCAAGAAGUACUAGAUAUUCUGGAGAUGUUGGUAAGAUGGUUGGAUGUCCAGUCUUGGCUGUAAAUGCUGAAAAUGUGGAUGAUGUCAGAAAGGUCAUGGUCAUUGCCGCCAAAUAUAGAGCCAAAUUUAACAAGGAUGUUAUUGUGGAAUUGUUUGGUUAUCGUCGUCAUGGACACAAUGAAUUGGAUGAACCUUCAUUCACACAACCAAAAAUGUAUCAUGUGAUCCGAUCGAAACAAACAUUCCCAGCCGCUUACUCUGAACAAUGUGUGAAAAAUAAUGUCACAACAUCACAAGAGGUAUCAAAGAUUAGAGAAAACUAUACUCAACAUUUGGAUAAUGAAUAUAAGGCUGUUGAUACAUACAAGCCUGAGAAACGCUAUUUCUUGGGAGAUUGGCACAAUAUUAUCCAAGCAACUGACUUUUCCAAACUUUCUCUCCCAAUUACUGGUUACAACAUGAAGAGAUUGAAAGAAAUUGCAAUUGCUAGCGUGACUAUUCCACCCGGAUUCAAUGUUCACAAGCACUUGGAAAAGUAUCACAUUAGUCAACGUUUGCAAGCUCUUCAAAAGGAUGAAAAAGAUAUCUUUGUGGAUUGGGUAACGGCAGAAGUGAUGGCAUUUGGUUCCAUGCUCGAUGAGGGCUACACUGUCAGAUUGAGUGGUCAAGAUGUCAUUCGAGGAACUUUCAAUCAAAGACACUUGGAAUUUGUGGAUCAAGAAAAUGAAUCAAGAGUUCUUCCAAUGCUUAGUGCCAUUCCAGGAGCUGAGGAUCGAUUUGAACUUGGUCAAUCACCACUCUCUGAAUUUGCCGUGAUGGGCUUUGAGUAUGGUUACACAAUUGACAAUCCAAACAAUUUCUCUGUCAUGGAAAUGCAAUUCGGAGAUUUCUUCAAUGGUGGCCAAAUUAUUAUUGACACCUUCAUUGGAAGUGGUGAAGAUAAGUGGUGCUUGUGCUCUGGUUUGACCUUGUUGCUUCCUCAUGGUAUGGAUGGAGCUGGCCCAGAACACAGCAGUGGUCGUAUUGAAAGAUUCCUUCAAUUGUGUGAUAGUGACAUUAACACGGAUGAACUCGUUCAAAAACGAGUGAAUAUGUGUGUGGUGAAUUGUUCAACACCUGCGAACUAUUUCCACGUUUUGAGAAGACAAAUGAAGAGAAAUUUCAGAAAACCAUUGAUUGUCUUUACACCAAAGAUUUUGUUGAAGAAGAAGGAAUGCGUCAGCAAUUUGACUGAAUUCGCUGAAGGUACUAUUUUCCAAAGAGUGUUGACUGAUGAUUACAAGCACAAAGAUUUAUCAAAGGUCAAGAGAGUCCUCUUCUGUAGUGGUAAGAUUUAUUAUGACCUUUUCGAAGAGAGAGCAAAGAGAAAUAUGGAGGAGCAAGUAUUGAUCAUUAGAUUGGAACAGUUGAGUCCAUUCCCAUUCGAACAAUUGUAUGAAGUGAUGAAUAACUGGAACAAGGACUGGAUGAAGACUGUCGAAUGGACCUGGAUUCAAGAAGAGCAUGAAAACAUGGGUGCCUAUACCUUUGUUGCUCCAAGACUUAAUAAGGCUAUUAACACUGUCAUUCACGGUGACAAUAGAUACAAUUUGAUCAGAUAUAUUGGAAGAAAUGCUGCUUCAGCACCAGCUACUGGUUUGAAAUAUGUUCAUGAAGCAGAAGUUAAACACAUUAUGAAUUCUGCUUUUAAAUUUUAA